CUUCUCUGUUCCUUCGAACGAUUGAUCUGAGAGAGAGAGAGAGAGAGAGAGAGAGAGAGAGAGAGAGAGAGAGAGAGAGAGCGACAUGGCCGGAGUGAGUCUGGUGUGCGUGCCGUUGGUGGCAAAAUCGGUUGAGCAGAUGCUGAGUGAGAUGGCGACGGCGAAGGUCCGCGGCGCCGACGUCGUCGAGAUUCGCCUCGACCACCUUGCAAGCUUUGAGCCCCGCCGAGACCUAGAUCUUUUGCUUAGAAACCGUCCACUCCCGGCCCUCGUCACCUACAGACCAAAGUGGGAGGGAGGUGAAUACGAAGGAGAUGAUGGCAGACGUUUUGAGGCACUCCUUUUAGCCAUGGAGUUUGGAGCAGAUUACGUUGAUAUUGAGCUUAAGGUUACUGGAAUUUCUAGCAUUAUUAUAUUAAUGGAUACUGGUUGGCUUUGGUUUAUUUAUAUAUAUUCAUGCCUGAAAUGUUCUCAGCACUUGCAUGUUUGA